AUGGCUCUCAAAACUUGCGGUCGACUCGUUGUUGCUCGGCUGUUUAACACUAGCAAACGUAGCCUUGCAUCUGCACAAUCCAUAACAGUGCGAGAUGCGCUCAACCAGGCCAUGGAUGAGGAGAUCAAGAGGGACGACCGCGUAUUCUUGAUCGGAGAGGAAGUAGCUCAGUAUGAUGGAGCGUACAAGGUUUCGAAGGGAUUGUGGAAGAAAUAUGGGGACGAUCGAAUCAUUGACACACCUAUUACAGAGCAAGGCUUCACAGGUACAUUUAUACUAGCUGUAGUUAAUAACUUGAGAACGGUCAAUGAGGAAAUGCAGGGC